AUGGACUUUGGAAGAGGAGGGCAACCUGCUGCCGCUUCUUCACGGCAGCCCUCGCGGAUCCUCGUGGUGGAUGUCUGCGCCCCCUGCUGGCCCCACACCUGCCAUGGGGUCUGUGAGGCCCUGGAAAACGUCUUCUCCCUGGUAGGCAGCUUGGCCGGCCCUCCCCGCAUCCCCCUGCUCAGCAUCUAUGCGGCCCAGAGCCGCCAGCCGGAGUGCCUGCUGCCCUUUGUGCCUGUGAGAGAGGGCUUUGCCCAGCUGCAGAGAUGCCUGGCAGAGCUCCGGGCCUUGCCGACAGAAGGGGCGUUUCAGCCAGAGGAGGGGGCCGUGACCCAGGCCGUGAAGGACGGGCUGCAGCAGUUCAAGCAGUUCACCAGGCAGAGCUCGGCAGGCGCUUCCCUGAGCAGCUCUUGGGUUGAGAUCACAGUCCUGACCAGCCAAGCCGGCACAGAGGUGGUCAAGCAACUGGAGGCCGGGCUGCAGGGCGUGGACCUGAUCGGUCUUCACCAGCUGCAAGUGGUCGUGAUCGGCAGGGCUGUGCUGCCGGAGCCAACGGAUGCGGAGGGGACUAGCCGUGCCAGAGGGGAAGCCAGCUGCUUCGAGAACUCCGUGCUCCUGGGCACAGCCAUCGACCUCCAGGCUGUAGAGAACGACCUCCUGGCCCUGGAGACGUCCUUCAAAGCUUGGCUGCAGGGUGGGGCCACCGACCAAGAGCACCUCCACCUCCUCUUGCCUCCUGGCCCUCUCGGGGCCAACCCAGUGCAGCUGAAAUGCGACAUCCAGGAGAGGCUGCUGGACCCAGCUCUGCUUGCCACCACCUUCCACAGCAGCUUCUCCAGCAGGCAUGAUGCCCCCGGCCCCUUCGGGAUGGCGGCUGGCCAUGGCCGAGCACCAGCCCAGCUCUGGGCUGUCAGCAGCAGUGAAGCCUCCCCAGUGGGUCUCGACUGUGGGCAGCGGCUGCCUCCAGAGGGGGGGCAGGACACGGCUGCUGCCUCCCCCUUAGGUGCACGGGCACUGGCCCCUGGGGCAAAAGAACGGAGCCAGGCCCGGCCCUCUUUGGAGCUCCAGCAGCAGCAGCAGGACUUGGGCAAGAGUGCAGGUCUCCUCCUCCUGGCUGGCGGUGGGGUCUCCCCUCACAGGGUGCUGCAGGCAGGUGGGCUGUGUGCCUCCGUGCUGUUCGGGCUGCCUCUCCUCAUCCGGCCCACGAGCUGCUGGCGGCUGAACUGGGACGAACUGGAGGCCAACCAGCACAGCUUCCAGGCCCUCUGCCACUGCCUGAGGAAGCGGGAGGGGGUACUUCUGGUCCAGAGCGAGCCACAAGAGAUGGGUCCCGGCCGGGGGCCUUUGGCCACCUCCUACCAGGUUCUGCUGCCCUCCGGUGCCUCUUCACUGCUGCUCCAGUCGGUUGCUGUCCGAGAGCUCCUGCUGCCCUGCAGCUUCCCCCUCCUCCCCGACGACCUUCCUGGGGCAGAAGUCAGCAAAAUGGAGAGCACCCUGGACAGGCUGCCCGUGGACCCCGCCUACAACCCCCUGAGUGUGACCAGCUCCCUCUACCAGGUGCUGAGGAGCGGCCUGGGCCAGCCACGGGCCCCCAGGAUACAGCGGGUGGCUGGACGGCACCUGCCCCGCCAGCAGUCUGGCCGGCAGCCUCAGAGCAAGGCCAGGGCGGCCGUGGCCCCCCUGCGCAUGGCCCCCCCGCCUGCCAGCACCGGACCCCUCCCGCUUUGCUCCAGAGAGGAAGAGGACUUCACCGACUCCCCCCCAUAG